AAUGGGUCAGUCCAAUUUACUCUCUAGUUGUCAUAAAAAAUAAAUACCUCCACAUAUUCCUCCUACAUCAUUCACUUAGUCUGAAAGAAACUCAUAUUAAUAAAAACAUGAGAUUGGACCAUAUUUAAAUCGUACAGACUCAGAUCAUUACAAAUAAUAGGAAUGGAAGAUUAUUAUAUAGACUACUAACUUUGAAGAUUAUGAUCUUGAAUCAGAACUCAUACAAAAAUACCAUCAUUGUACAUUUCCAUUAGAAAAAUCACUUAAAACAUACUAUAUAAUGAGCAAAUAACAUUAUAUCAAUCUAGUAAGAUAAGGACCACCCUCUAAACUUAGAUGGGCAGCUUGGAAAUCCAUAAUAUUGAAAAAUGAAUAUCCUUACAAUUAUAAUGGAUCUUCAGAACUUAUCAAUAAAGACAUAAAAAGAACCCUUAUAAAUCAUCCUUUCUUUUAAUCAACUAAUGAUGAUUAUACUAUAGGACAUUUAUAAUUAUAUCAUAUUCUAUAGGGACUAUCCAAUUAUUAUCCAAAAUUAGGUUAUUGUUAAGGUAUGAAUUUCAUAGCUGGAUUCCUAUUACUAGUCUCUGGUGGUGAUGAAUAUUACAGUUAUUAAUGUCUAAUCACUCUAUUGUCACAUCCUAAAUUUAUGCUCUAUUUUAAUUAUGAUUCAAAUUUUCAAUUGCUUGGAUUUUUAGAAUUUAUUACUCAGAAAUAAUUGUAAAUUCACCUUCCUUAACUAUAUAAACAUUUAUAUAGUUAACUUAAUUAUCCAGAAUCAUUUUGGCUUACCAAAAUUAUAUUAACACUCUUUUUGUAUAAUUUUUAAUUGCAAUAUUGUCUCAGAUUCUGGGAUUACAUCAUUGUUGAAGGUAUAUUUUACUUACCAUCUUUGGUUAUAAAAAUACUUGAUUAAUUUCAAUCUUAAAUAUUAGUCAUUCAUGAGUUUUCAGAAAUUGCAUAGUGGUUCCAAUAACUUGAUCAAAUGACUUUAGAUGUACAUAGCCUUGAAAAUUCUAAUAAAUAUAGAUUACAAAAGCAUCAAAUAUAAUAAUAUGCCAAUUUAUACAGUAAGUAGCUACCAUUGAUUGAAUAACUUAAAUCUUAUCCAAAAGGUUUAUGUAAUUUUUUGACUGAUGCACUUAAUUGA